GUUGGUGUUAAGUAACUAUACAUGUGUACAUGUACAUAUGAAAGUGAAUGGUCUGCCGGUAAACAUUCUUAUGAUAUAAAGCUUUCUUGUUCAGUCGAUUAUUUCUAGCAUGCAUGCAUCGUCAUCAUUGAUCUUAUGGUGUCUUCAUGUAACUACAAUUUGAGGUGCUGCAUGUUUAUUGAGGGAUAUGGCUAUUGAUACAACCGAGGCAUUCCUCUAAUCUUGGUUCUGCUUCUACUCCUCAGAGAAUGCUUCUCUGUUGCAGAUGAUACCCUUUCGAUGGGUGAGUCACUCUCAGCGUAUACUGCCGACAGCCUAUCGUCUCAUAAUAACAAAUUUGAAACGAGGUAAUUCUUCAAAAAUCUACCUGGGGAUUUGGUACAAAAUGUUAGAAGACCUGAGGAUUGUUUGGGUAGCAAAUAGAGAAAACCAUUUGUCUCGUGACCCAGCAGCUUCAAGACUCGAAUUCUUGAAUGACGGCAAUCUAGGCCUUCUCAAGCAUCCUCCGUGAUACCAUUUUGGUCCACAAAUUUGUUAUGAACCUUCAUGGAGGUGAAGACAGAGGAGAGAGGGACGGUUCAGUCGAGCAAGGUAGAAAAAGGAGUAUAAUCCCUCUCAAGGCUUAGGUUAGGGCCUUUGUUCUUGGGCGACGCCGCACUUCUUGGAGCUUUUCUUGUGCCUGCAAUCGUUGCACACGGUACCCUGCCUCCACUUGUUAUGACGUACUCAACUUUGUUGCCGAGUACAAGCUCAUUUGUGCCUUUUCAUCUGUUGAUUUUGAAAGUGUUUGUUUGAUGGUUGUUGGUUUGUUGGUUGUUGAGUGGCAGGAGGCUCUUCCAAAGAAUGGAAGUAAAUUGGAUGAAGGGGGAAAUAUUGCACCUCAAUUGUUUGAGAUAUUGCCACUUAGGGGGUGUUUUGGGGUGGUAUGGAGUAAAUUUACUAAAGCUUUGGGAAUAUCAAUUGAUGGAAGAGCAUGGCUUGUGGCCCUUUGAUAGAGGAAGUUGAAAAAAAAUUAUGGGGAACUUGAUGUAUGUAGCUGGCGUGCCUCCCCUGAAGGCUUUGGAAGGGUUGACAAAUAGUUAUAAAGCAUCUGAUUCAAGUCCAACAAUGUUUGAUGCAUUGAUCAGGGUUUGUACUCAGAUUGGGGAGACUGAUGUGCUUAUGAAGUGAUCAAGAAGUUGAGGACCGAGAGUUAUUCAGUUAUGACUCAGGCGUGGAAUAAGCUUUUGGGUCACCUAUUGAAGUUGAGUGAGAUCCAUAGAUGUUGGGAGAUGUACUGGGAAUUGAUUUCGUAUAUAUGGAUGGAACUUGCAAGAUGGGUGACUUGGUUCUUUAUUUGAAGCUUCUGAGGAAGAUGGGAAGUAAUGGUGCGGAUGCAAUUCCUAGGGUUGAUGAGGCUGGAGGUUCUGAACUAACAAUGGAAACAAAAAUAACAACAUUGGAUUCUCAAACAUAUACUCCGAGAGUUGAUAAACAGGUGCCAGUUCCUGCUUUAAAAAAGUUGAUUGCUUCCAUCACUAAUGUGUUGUUAGAGCAGCAAUGCCUAAUAGGCCGCAGAAGGGUUCUAAAGGAUGAUGAACUCCUCUCUUCCGAUCAUGUUGAAGAUGGUUAUACCUUACAUCUUAUUGUUCGACAUCCAUCCCCUUCCACCAUCGUCGGAGGGUUUACCAAAUCAUACAGCAAUUGAUCCUACUCCAACUACAAGCCAUUGGCAAUUUAACAUGGGUGAAAAGAAUAUACUUAUUUUUUACCCCGAUGGUUGGACAUUUUAUGCCAGUAUCCUGACAAUGGAUAAUGGUUUUUCAGCUCUAUACUCUUCUCUUGGAGGUAUAUGACAAUUGCACCAGAGCUAUAAACCUUGUGGGCAAGUUUUUUUUAAAGGGGGGAGAGUGUUAUGAACCUCCAUGGAAGUGAAGACAGAGGAGAGAGGGAGGGUUCAGUCGAGCAAGGUCGAAGGAGUGAAGUGGGUCUGUCACCAUUUGACUUGAAGGCCUGUCAAUGAGACACAGCGUUUUGGGUCCUGAAUAUUUUGCAAUUUUUUCCGUUGUAAUAGUUAAAUUCUUGUUGUCGGUUAUUACUUUCCACGUGUUGUUUUCAUAUUUGUUCUGAGUUACCCCUGCGAGGGAAUAGGAGGGAUGGUUAGAGAGAGAUUAUUCUGGACUUUUUUGUUGAAACUUGUGGUUUUCAUUUGGAGGCACGGUAUC